AUGGAUGGCCGAGACUUCGGGCCCCCGCGGUCCGUGCACGGCCCCCCGCCGCCGCUGCUGUCCGGCCUGGCCAUGGAUAGCCACCGCGUGGGCGCCGCCACCGCCGGACGCCUGCCAGCCUCGGGCUUGCCGGGCCCGCUGCCGCCCGGGAAGUACAUGGCCGGCCUCAACCUUCAUCCGCACCCGGCCUUCCGCCCGCCUGCCCGCCACAGCGAGGAGGAAGCCUGGGGCCGGGCAGGGCCCAGAGGCCCUGCUGGCCCAGCGUGGGCCGCAUGGAUGGACCGAGAGGCCACCAUGGCCCUGGGGCCCGAGGGCUUGGCGCCGGAGUCCGGCGAGGCCUUCCUGGGCAGCUUCGUGGCCAGCGGGAUGGGCCCCUCAGCCUCGUCCCACGGGAGCCCGGUGCCCCUGCCCUCUGACCUCUCCUUCCGCUCGCCCACCCCGAGCAACCUGCCCAUGGUGCAGCUGUGGGCAGCCCACGCCCAUGAAGGCUUCUCCCACAUGCCCAGCGGGCUGUGCCCAUCCUACCUCCACCUGAACCACCUGGAGCCCCCUAGCAGUGGGAGCCCCCUCCUCAGCCAGCUGGGCCAGCCCAGCAUUUUCGAUGCCCAGAAAGACGGCUUCUACCUGGCCGCCCCCGGAGCGCCCAGCGCCCUGCACUCUCACGCGCCCUCCUCAAGGACCCCCGGGGGCCACUCCUCCUCGGCUGCCCCAGCCAAAGGCUCCGCCUCCUCGUCCUCGUCCUCCUCCUCAUCCUCGUCGUCCUCCCGGGAAGGACCUGCCAAAGAGCGCGCGGGCCGCGGCGGGGAGCCGCCUCCGCUCUUCGGCAAGAAGGACCCGCGGGCUCGUGAGGAGGCGGCGCGCGUGGUGGACCUGACCCAGGAGGCGCGGGCCGACGGCCGCCAGGACCGCGCGCCCCCGCGCCUCGCCGAGCGCCUGUCCCCCUUCCUGGCUGAGGCCAAGGGCAAGGGCGCGGGGGACCCGGGGCUGCCCGCCUUGGUGGCCGAGUCGGGCCGCGCCGGCGCCAAGGAGGCGGCCCGGCAGGACGAGAGCGCGCGGCUGCUGCGGCGUGCGGAGGCCCUGCUGCCGCCCGGGCCGCGGCCCUGCCCCUCGCCGCUGCCCCCGCCCCCGCCGCCGCCCCCACCGCCGCCCAAGGGCCCGCCCGCGCCCCCCGCCUCCGCGCCCGCUGGCGUCUACACCGUGUUCCGCGAGCCGGGCCGGGAGCACCGCGUGGUGGCGCCCACCUUUGUGCCUUCCGUGGAGGCCUUCGACGAGCGCGCCGGGCCCAUCCAGAUCGCGUCCCAGGCGCGCGACGCCCACGCCCACGCCCGCGCGCGGGAGCGCGAGGUGGCCCGGCCGGGCGUCCUGCAGGCGCCCCCCGGCUCCCCGCGGCCCCUGGAGCGGCCCGAGGCCCUGCGCGAGAAGAACUCCGUCAUCCGCUCGCUCAAGCGGCCGCCGCCGCCCGCCGACGCUCCUCCGGCCCGCACCGCGCGCGCCUCCCCGGACCCCCGCACCUAUCUGCCCGCCAAGGAGCUGCUGCGGCCCGAGGCGGAGCCGCGGCCUUGCGAGCGCGUGCCCCGCGGCCCGGCCACCGCCGCCCAGCAGGCCGCCAAGCUCUUCGGCCUGGAGCCUGGGCGGCCGCCCCCGCCCACGGGGCCCGAGCCCAAGUGGAAGCCCUUUGAACUGGGCAACUUCGCCACCACGCAGAUGGCCGUGCUGGCCGCACAGCACCACCACGCCGGCCGCGCCGAGGACGAGGCCGUGGGGGCCGCCUCCAAGAAGGCCUACCUGGACCCGGGGGCGGCGCUGCCCCGCGCCUCGGCGCCCUGCGGCCGGCCAGGCGCUGACCUGCACCCCGCGGCGCACGCGCCCGGAGAGGCCUCGGCCAUGCAGAGCCUCAUCAAGUACAGCGGCAGCUUCGCGCGCGAGGCGGUGGCGGUGCGCCCCGGCGGCUGCGGCAAGAAGAGCCCGUUUGGAGGCCUGGGCACCAUGAAGCCCGAGCCGGCGCCCACGUCUGCGGGCGCACCCCGGGCCCAGGCCCGCCUGCCGCACCCCGGCGGCCCCGCCGCGGCGGGCAGCGGCCGGCAGCUGAAGCGGGACCCGGAGAGGCCCGAGAGCACCAAGGCCUUCGGGCGCGAUGGCUCUGGGGCCCAGGGCGAGGUUGAAGUGCGGCACCCGCCGGUGGGCAUCGCCGUGGCCGUGGCCCGGCAGAAGGACAGCGGCGGCAGUAGCCGGCUGGGGCCCGGCCUGGGGGAGCAGGAGCGAUCCUUGUCGCUGAACACCGUCAAAGGGCACGGCCGAGCCGACGAGGACUGCGGGGACGACCGGGCCAGGCACCGUGAGGAGCGGCUGCUGGGGGCGCGGCUGGACCGGGAUCAGGAGAAACUGCUCCGAGAAAGCAAGGAGCUGGCCGACCUGGCCCGCCUGCACCCCACCAGCUGCGCCCCGAACGGCCUGAACCCCAACCUCAUGGUGACCGGCGGCCCUGCCCUGGCGGGCUCCGGACGCUGGUCCACCGACCCCGCGGCCCACCUGGCUGCACACCCCUGGCUGCCCCGCUCGGGCAGCACGCCCAUGUGGCUCGCCGGACACCCCUAUGGCUUGGGCCCCCCGUCUCUGCACCAGGGCGUGGCGCCUGCGUUCCCCCCGGGCCUGGGGGGCUCCCUGCCCUCGGCCUACCAGUUUGUGCGGGACCCCCAGUCGGGCCAGCUGGUGGUCAUCCCCAGCGACCACCUGCCUCACUUCGCGGAGCUGAUGGAGCGGGCCGCGGUGCCGCCCCUCUGGCCCGCGCUGUACCCCCCUGGCCGCAGCCCCCUGCACCACGCCCAGCAGCUGCAGCUCUUCUCCCAGCAGCACUUCCUGCGGCAACAGGAGUUCCUGUACCUGCAGCAGCAGGCGGCGCAGGCCCUGGAGCUGCAGCGGAGCACCCAGCUGGUGGAGCGGCUGAAGGCCCAGGAGCACCGGGCCGAGAUGGAGGAGAAGGUGAGCAAACGGAGCCUGGAUGCCGCGGGCAAAGCUGGCCUGGCCGCCGCAGGGCCCGGGCUGCUGCCUCGGAAGCCCCCCAGCCUGGCCACCGGCCCCGCGGGUGCGUACAGCAAGGCCGUGAGCCCGCCGCCGUCUCCCCGCGCGUCCCCCGUGGCCGCCCUCAAGGCCAAGGUCAUCCAGAAGCUGGAGGACGUGUCCAAGCCGCCCACCUACGCCUACCCCGCCACACCCAGCUCCCACCCCAGCAGCCCGCCGCCUGCCUCCCCGCCCCCGGCGCCCGGCAUCACCCGCAAGGAGGAGGCACCAGAGAACGUGGUGGAGAAGAAAGACUUGGAGUUGGAGAAGGAAGCCCCCAGCCCCUUCCAGGCCUUGUUCUCAGACAUCCCGCCCAGGUACCCGUUUCAAGCCCUGCCCCCACACUACGGCAGGCCCUACCCCUUCCUGCUGCAGCCCACGGCGGCCUCCGACGCAGACGGCCUGGCCCCCGACGUGCCGCUUCCCGCCGAGGGGCCCGAGCGCCUGGCGCUCUCGCCCGAGGACAAGCCCAUCCGCCUGUCACCCUCCGCCAUGCCAGAGCCGCUGCGGGAGAGCCCAGAGGAAGACCCCCUGACCGCGAGGGAGGUGAAGGCCGAGGUGGAGGACGAGGACGAGGGCCCGGCUGAGCUGCCGCACCUGCAGUCGCCGCUGGCCCUGCCCGCCGCGGACGCCAUGGUGGCCGCGAGCCCCGCGGGCAGCUGUGGGGGCGGCCUGCUGGAGGCCCAGGCGCUGAGUGCCGCCAGCCAGAGCCGUGUGGAGCCCCCAGAGUGCCCAGAUUUUGCGGAAGGGGCCGAAGCGCAGGUGGACUUGCCGGGCCGGACAGAGUCCUGCGCGGCCGCCCUGGAGCUGGGGAGCCGGCUGACACCCGAGACGCUCGUGGAGGCCAAGGAGGAGCCGGUGGAGGUGCCCACGGCGGAGGCAGGGCCCGAGGAGGGCCUGAGCGAGCCCCGGGCCGACCUAGAACUGUCAGACUGCGACGUGCCCGCCAGGGAGGCGCAGUGCCUGGGCCUGGAAGCUCAGGAGGCCGCACCUGUGCCCGGUGGCGGCUGCUACCUGGAAGAGGUGAGCUCGGACCAGUUCCUGCCUGGCCUGGAGGACCCGCUGGCCGGCAUGAACGCCCUGGCUGCGGCCGCAGAGCUGCCCCAGGCCAGGCCCCUGCCGUCCCCGGCCGACGCGGCCCCGGCCUCGGAGCAGCCGGAAGCCGCGGCCCCGAGCCUGGCGCUGGAGCAGAGCUUCCUACAUGGCAUCACCCUGCUGAGCGAGAUCGCGGAGCUGGAGCUGCAGCGCAGGAGCCAGGAGGCGGCAGGUGCGGAGCCGGGCCUGGCUGUGCGGCCGUCGCUGGAAAGCCUGCUGGCGGCCAGCAGCCACAUGCUGAAGGAGGUGUUGGACAGCCCGUUCGUGGACCCGCUCAAGAACCUGCGGCUGCCCCGGGAGCUGAAGCCCCACAAGAAGUACAGCUGGAUGCAGAAGAAGGAGGAGCGGAUGUACGCCAUGAAGUCGUCCCUGGAGGACAUGGACGCCCUGGAGCUGGACUUCCGGAUGCGGCUGGCCGAGGUCCAGCGGCAGUACAAGGAGAAGCAGCGAGAGCUGGUGAAGCUGCAGCGCAGGCGCGACUGCGAGGACAGGCACCAGGAACCCCAUAGAAGCUUGGCACGCAGAGGCCCUGGCAGGCCGCGGAAACGGAGCCACGCCCCGAGCGCCCUGUCGCCCCCCCGCAAGAGAGGGAAGAGCCGCACCAGUAGCGGAAAGUUGAGCAGCAAGUCCCUGCUGACGUCCGAUGACUACGAGCUGGGAGCAGGGAUACGGAAGAGACACAAGGGGCCCGAGGAGGAACACGAAGCUCUCGUCGCCAUGGGGAAGGCCAGGGGGAGGAACCAGAGCUGGGAAGAGCAGGAAGCCUCGGCUGACUUCAUGAGCCAGCUGAAGAUCAAGAAGAAGAAGAUGGCCAGCGACCAGGAACAGCUGGCGAGCAAGCUGGACAAGGCCCUGUCCCUCACCAAGCAGGACAAGCUCAAGUCCCCCUUCAAGUUCUCGGACGCUGCCGGGGGCAAGUCCAAAAGCAGCGGGGGCUGCGGCAGGUACUUGACCCCUUACGACAGCCUGCUGGGCAAGGACCGGAAGGCGCUGGCCAAAGGCCUCGGCCUGUCUCUCAAGCCCGCCAGAGAAGGUAAACACAAAAGGGCCGCCAAAGCCAGGAAGAUGGAGUUGGGGUUCAAGGCCAGAGGCCAGACCAAGUCGGCCCAUUCCCCGUUCGCCUCGGAAGUGAGCAGCUACUCCUACAAUACGGACUCCGAGGAAGACGAGGAUCUGCUCAAGGACGAGUGGUCGGCCCAGGGCCCCUCCAGCUCCAAGUUGACGUCGUCCAUCCUGUGUGGCAUGGUGACAAAGAGCAGCAAGUCGGCCGCCGGCCCCAAGCUGAGCAGGCGGGGCCUCGCGGGCCCCCGGACUCUGAACCCCAAGCCGGCCGGCGGCAGGAAGCAGCCCUUCUGUUUGCUGCUCCGGGAGGCCGAGGCCCGUUCCUCCUUCAGCGACUCCUCGGAGGACUCGUUUGACCAAGAUGAGAGCUCCGAGGAGGAGGAGGAGGAGGAGGAGGAGGAGGAGGAGGAGGAGGAGGAAGCCGAGGCCGCUGGGGGCUAUCGGCUGGGCGCCCGGGAGCGGGCCCUGUCGCCAGGCCUGGAGGAGAGUGGCCUGGGCCUGCUGGCUCGCUUUGCGGCCAGCGCCCUCCCCAGCCCCACGGUGGGGCCGUCGCUGUCCGUGGUGCAGCUGGAGGCCAAGCAGAAGGCACGGAAAAAGGAAGAGCGGCAGAGCCUGAUGGGGACGGAGUUUGAGUACACGGACUCGGAGAGCGAGGUCAAG